AUGGAUGGUGGUGAUGGCUGCACAACAAUAUGAAUUAAGGUAGUAAAUUUUAUGUUAUGUGUAUUUUACCACAAUAAAAAAAUAUUAAGGAAAAAAGUCACCUGUCAAAUGUGGAAAGUCGUGCAGGUGCUGACUGUCCCAUAGGAUUUGUGGAGAGAGUAAAUGAGCCAGUGAAGACCAAAAGACUGAUGGUCUGCUGGGUCGGUGGGGGAAGCUUGGUGAUCCUGGGCAAAGACACCCACCUUGGAGCCACUGGCCCGGCUCUCCCUAACCCAAAGGAUCUUGGGAAGCGGAUGUGGCCUCUGGGAAUUCUCGCGCCAGGACAAUCUCCUCUCUGGCUCUCAGGUUUGGGGAUUCCUAGAUCUGAAACAAACACGGACACAUCCAGCGACCCUGCCCAAGCAAGGCAUAACCAGGGAAUUAUAACUUACCCAUCAGCCACCCGCCGCAGCCCAGGCCUCAUUUCCAGGCUACGUAUCUGUAAAGAGGCGGGCAGGGCGCCCUCCCACCUUUCAGGCCCUGGGGUCCAGCUGGCCUGCCUUCACCCCUCUUGUAGGUGAGAAAGCUCCGGAGAAGCUUUUACCUUGGGGAGCCGCAGCUGGGACGCGAGCGGUGGAGACUGGGCUUACUGAGAGUAGAAGUGGGCGGUGAUGGCGAAAAGCUCCACCCCCUCCCCAGGAAGGGAUCUGAUUGGUGGAGGGCCAUGGGGCGGGGCAGCGCGGGAGCUAUAUAAAGGCUCUCACUCUGGGCUUCCUUCAUGCUGUGGGUAAUCCAUGAGCUCAGGUAAGGCUUCUCGGGGGAGGAGGCUGGGCUGCUUUACGAGGCCCCCAGGUUGGCCACGGGGUGGUGGACGGCAGCUUCUCCUGAGCCCCUUAGUUGGCGUCUCUCUCUCCUUGGCUUGAAAUGUCUGAGGUGGCCCCACCUCACCUUUUUCUAAACCCAAGUAUUUGUCUAAUAUCAUUCCUUUCUGUGGGCCUCAGUUUCCCCUCCGUGAAGUAAGAGGUUGGUGGUCCUUUCAUGGCUCCCGCUUUGGUGCAGGUUGAGGGGGUGGUUGUGAGUUGGGGGACAGAGGAGCAAUUAAACUUCAGCUUUGGGGGUCAGACAGGCUCCACCUUCAAGUCGCGGUAAGACCUCCGUGCUUGAGUUUGCAAAAUGGGUCUUAAGUUAUACCCACCUCCCGGGAUGAGAGAAGAUAUGCCCUUAAAGCAUUUAGCGCAGCUCCAGGCCCUUAGGAAGCGCUCAGUGGUGUCAGUUGCUGCUAUUCUUACUUUCUGGCCUUGCCUGCGGUGCCAGGAGGAGGGUGGGGGUGCUGCAGCCUCCAAAAACUCUCCCUCCUUUCUGGCCUCCCCACCCCACACGAAUCCGAGUUUCCUUCUGUUCCCAGCCCCCACGUCUCCACACCCAUCCCUCCACCUUCAGGAAGUCCUCUAUUAGGCCAGCCCUACAAAUCCCCUUGACUUGUUGGGGGCAAGGGGGUAGGUGCUGAGUCUUGGGGCUCCUGCCUUUACAGGUCACCUUGCCCCACCCCACCCCUCCCACCCCUACCCCCUAUGAGAUGAGUGACACCCAAGACCCUGCCGCUGUCCCUGCCAUUGCCACCCAGGUGAAGCUGGGGGGCUGGAGCCGUCAAGGCGUGGGCAGUGGGUCUCUCCGUUCCCGCCAGCACCAGGAGCUCCAGGCCUUCCUCAGCCUUCUGGAGCACAGUUUCCUCCAGGAAUUCCUCUCCAAAGAUCCCUGUUUCCAGAUUUCGGAUAAGUACCUCCUGGCCAUGGUGCUGGUCUACUUCCAGCGCGCCAACCUGAAGCUCAGCGAGUAUACCCGCAGCAACCUGUUCUUGGCGCUGUACCUUGCAAAUGACAUGGAGGAGGACCUGGAGGACUCCAAAUGUGUGAUUUUCCCGUGGGCCCUGGGCAAAGAUUGGCGGCGGCGUGUGUCAGGCUUCCUGCACCAGAGGGACAAGCUGUGGGCACGGAUGGGCUUCCGGGCAGUCGUGAGCCGCCAGCGCUGUGAGGAGGUCAUGGCCAAGGAGCCGUCCCACUGGGCCUGGACUCGGGAGCGGCGACCCCACCACGGCAGGGCUCAGAGGAGCCGUCCAAAGGCCCGGGUUCCUCUCCCCCGAGGCCCCGGCCUCUCACCACCCCACUGUUCCCUCUGUGGCUUGCCCCCUCGCCGCAGCCACUGCUGCCGCCACCCCCGCCCCUUGCCCAUCUUAUCCAAGUGCCCUUCCCCGGACCCUGAGUGGCAUCACCCUCCCUCCCAAGCCUGUCUCUCGGUGCCUGAAGACCCCUGGGGUGGGAGCUUCCUCAUCGUCCUGCCCCCUGAGCUGCAACUGGAGCCAGGCACCUACACCCUCCAGAGUGAGUUGGGGACAGGAGCUGGGGGUGGGCUUGGGAUCCCAGGAGGCAGGUGUGGGGCCCAACAGAAUGGGAAUGAGGGGCGUGGGCUUUUGGGUCCAGCUGGCCUGGGCACCGCCCCAGCUCUGCCACCUCCUAGCUGUGUGAGCUUGACAAGUUUCCUCUCUGCACCUCUCUCUCUCCUUCUCCCCCAGUUUUCCCAAAGCUUCCACAGUGCCCUGGGCGCUGGCACUGGCUCGCAGGGUGAAGAGCAGCCUGCUGGCUUGCCCACUGGCCCAUGGCGCUACUGGCUGUGGCCCCCCUGGCCUCCUGUCCUACGGGCCUCAGGCUGGCAGUGCUGCCCAUGUCCUCUGCCCCCUACUCCCAACCUGUAACUUGUCCCCACUCGGACCAGGGCCCCCUCUAAUAAACUCCUGUCCGCAGGACACCAGCUGUGCUUAGGCUCUAGCCUGGUUCCUUGACCCAGGGUGAGGGUGGGAAGGGAGUUCAGGGGAGGGGGGGGUCUGCCAGGCUUAGGUACCAGUGGUUGAGACCCGUGAGCACAGGCUCCAGCAGCUCCUCCCCUUCCCAUGGGUGGCAGUCAUCCUGAGCCUCAGUUUCCCCUCUAUAACAUCACCUCUGGAUGAUGAGAUCUACAGUGUAGACGGGAUUGAGUGGGAUGAGCUGUGUACAGCCCUUAGGAGAGGGCCUGGAACCUUGUAGACAAAAAAGCUGAAAUGGAAACACCUCUAUAGUCAUUCUAGAAAUGCCUGCAGGGCCAGGCCUGUUCAGAAAUAAGAAACAGUCCUUGCCCUGGGCCGCAAUCAAACAUAAUAUAAUUAUUAUACUACAGCCCCUCCCCCCCAAAAGUAAAUUUGUUAAUGAGAGAGCAGGGAAGGCUUUCCAGAGGGUGGCAUUGGAACUGGAUGAUAUCAGGUUUGCCCAUGGGGGGCGAGGGGGCGGUUGUGGGGAAGGAUACUCCUGGAAAGACAGUCUAGACUAGAGUAGUGACUAAGAUUGUAGUCUCGGAUGCCAGACAGCUUAAGUUCAAAUUCCAGGUUCCUGUGCGACCUUGGCAUGUAAUUUCAUCUCCUCCAUUGCCUCAUCUGUAAAAUGGGCAUUCUACUAAAAUGGGUGUUGGGAGGUUUGAAUGAGCUAAUCCCUGGAAGGGUUUAGAACAGUGUCUCAGGAACAGAGCUCAGGGAGCUAGGGCGUUACCGGCAGAGGGAACUGCUUCCCAGAGGGCAGGGGGUGUGGAGAGAGGUGGAAGGAAGGUGGAGGAGGUUGGGCAAGUCCACAAGGGUCCGUUGGCAGAAUCCCCUGCGUGCUCUAUCCGUGGCUCCCGAGGAGCGAGGUGGUAAGAAAGCCUGGAGAUCGCGGACCUUAGAAGCCAAGACAACGACUAUGAAGUAUUUUUAAUUUGUUUUUCAAAUAGCUAGUAUGUUCACAUGUACAUUUUGAAUUUUGAACCAAGAGUCAUCUCCUGCCCCUGACUCCAGCCACCUGGUUCCCCUCCCUGGAAGCAAUGACAGUAACAGUUUAUGUCCUUCCAGAGAAAGAAUCUAAACAUCCAUAACCAAAUGUGGUGUAAUAAAACAGAUAUAGAUUUGGUCUUUGUCCCUGGUUCCUGGCACAGAGCUCCUAAAACCCUUGGAGUCUCCUGAGUGACAGGGGUGUCUUUUGUUAUUUAUAAUGAGCCCCUUUCAACCACAGCUGAGUUUAUGCUAAUGAGGUGACUCAAGUAGGGCACCUACAGGGCUUCAGGGUGGGGGCUGGUCCCCACAAAGACCAAUCUAGAGGGGGGGAACUUUCAGCUCCCCCACCACCUCCAGGGAGGGGAGGGGGUCCCGGCUGGAGAUCUAGAGAGUUUCUGGGUUGGUGAACAGAGAUGUGCUGGGAGGGUGGCUCCCUGGAGAGGGCAAGGAUGCUCUGCGCUCCUCCCCCCAUGCCUUGCCCUGUGCACCUCUUCUAUUUGGCUGCUCCUAAAUUGCAUCCUGUAUCCUAAACUGGAAUAGUAAAUAAAGCACUUUCCUGAGU